AGGCUGGUUUGCGUCGACAUGGCGGUUUCCCUGAGAGUCUUGCUGGGGGGCGCGUUUGCGCUGCCGUCGCUCGCUGUGGGUUCGCGACCCGGGGGGUGGCGGGCCCAGGCCCUAUCGGCCGGGAGCCGGACCCCGAUUCCGACUGGGAGCCGGAGGAAUGGGAGCUGCAGGAGGUGGAGAGGUACCGGCUUCUCCUCGGGCCCUCAGCUUGAAGCUGGGCCUCGCGCCCCGGCGCCCCAGGCCGCGCCCCCUUUGCGCCGGGUGUCCUGCCGCUGCUUGCGCGGCGGCCCUCGUUUCCUCCUACCCGUUGUUAGUCGCGCAGCGUGAGGUGUUCAGCUCCCCAGGGACCACUGGUCCCUUCAUUAGUGACGUAUUUCAUCAUUAGUUUAGAGAGUUCGGCAUGCUUACAGGCAGUUAUUGUUCUAGGUGUUAGCUUUCUGGGUGUACAGAGCAGCUCUAAGCCGGCAACACGGCCCGGUUGCCCUUGCGAUCAAAGAGAAGAGGGCUGGGCGCUCCAUGAUUUAGCCUGAGGCUCUACAAACAUCCAUUCUGCUUCCACGCAUGGCUUGUGCCAUUGGUUCUCCUCCCCCAGCACCCUGAAAGGACAGAAAAAAGCAAUCCGAUUCCAGAAAAUUCGGAGGCAAACGGAGGCGCCUGGUGCCCCGCCCAGAACCCUGACUCGGGAAGCCAUGGAGCAGAUCCGGUAUUUACGUGAGGAAUUUCCAGAGUCCUGGUCAGUUCCCAGGUUGGCUGAAGGCUUUAAUGUCAGCACUGAUGUGAUCCGAAGAGUUUUAAAAAGCAAGUUUGUACCCACAUUGGAGCAGAAGCUGAAGCAGGAUCAAAAAGUCCUUAAGAAAGCUGGGCUUGCCCACUCUCUCCAGCAGCUCCGGGGCGCUGGAAAUACCUCAAAGCUGCUCCCUGCAGGCCACUCUGUAUCAGGCUCUUUGCUUAUGCCAGGGCAUGAAGCCUCAUCCAAAGACGCGAAUCACAGCACAGCUUUGAAAGUGAUAGAGUCAGACACUCACAGGACAAAUAUACCAAGGAGAUGGAAGGGAAGAAAUAAAGAAAUCCAGCACCUGGAGGAGAGCUUUGUGCCUGUUGCUGUACCCCUAGGUCAUCCAAGAGAGCUACAGAAGUACUCCAGUGAUUCUGAGAGCACCAGAAGAACUGGCAGUGGUGCAUUGCCAAGUGAUCAGAAGCUGGAGGAGUUGAAGGCAGAGGAGCUGGGUAACUUCAGCAGCAAAGUAGUGCAGAGGGGCCGAGAGUUCUUUGACAGCAACGGGAACUUCCUGUACAGAAUUUGAGUCGGGGCUUGGCUUGUGGAGAUGCCUUGUGAAACACAGCUGGGCAAGGAAUAUAUAUGGAACAGCCUGGAUUUCUGCAUAUGGAGAAGCCACCUUGGAAUAGGAAGAAGUGUUGAGCCUGGACUGUGGGAGGAAAAAACUGCGUGGAUAGAUUCAGACUUCCUGUAGUAGUGCCCCCAAUCUGACCUCUGUUGAUCUUCAGUACUCACUCUUCUUGCUUGGACACUCUGUAUGUUGAAAACCAGCCAUGUUGCAUGUGUUGUUACAAUUUUCUGUGAUACUUGCAAUUUAUAUUUGAGAGGAAGUGAAAAGUUUGCCUUCUGACCUCAUUUCCUUCUUGAUCAGUGAACACUAACAUUUUUGGGACAACUUAGUCAAUUGUUUUCCUUACAAGCACAAUAAAGUAAAAUGUAGCAGUCAAAAAAAAAAAAAAAAAA